AUGAUGGUGGCGGCGGCGGUGGCGGCGUCGUCGUCGUCUCAGGCCCGCGGCCCUUUCCUAUUCCACGGUCAGAGAGAGUUCGGGCAGUCGGUCCGCACUCAAAACGUUAUUGCAGCAGUAUCUAUUUCCAAUGUAUUAAAAAGUUCCCUUGGACCAAUGGGAUUGGAUAAAAUGCUUGUAGAUACUUCUGGGAAUGUUACUAUUACAAACGAUGGAGCAACAAUUGUUAAACUACUAGAUGUGGAGCAUCCUGCUGCAAAGAUUUUGUGCGAGUUAGCACAGCUCCAGGAUAGAGAGGUUGGAGAUGGCACCACAUCCGUGGUUAUUAUUGCUGGAGACCUCCUGAAGAAUGCAGAAGAUUUAGUUGCACAGAAAAUUCAUCCCAAUUGUAUUAUCAUUGGAUAUCAAUUGGCUUGCAAAGAAGCUGUCCGAUAUAUUAAUGAAAAUUUGACAAUCAGUGCUGAUGAAUUAGGAAGAGAAUGUAUUGUUAAUGCAGCUAAGACAUCAAUGUCUUCCAAGAUAAUUGGAAUUGACUCAGAUCUCUUUGCAAACAUGGUGGUUGAGGCGGUUAUGGCAGUGAGAUUUACUGAUAACAAGGGGCAGACUUGCUAUUCUACUAAUUCUAUUAAUGUGCUAAAGGCACAUGGACGUAGCCAGAGAGAAAGCACUUUGAUAAAUGGAUAUGCCCUGAAUGCUGUGGUGGGUGCUCAAGCAAUGACCAAACGAAUUGUCAAUGCAAAGAUUGCUUGUUUGGAUUUCAGUCUACAGAAGGUAAAGAUGAAACUUGGAGUACAAAUUCUGAUCACAGACCCUUCAAAAGUCAAGUUAAUUCAGCAGAGAGAAUAUGAUAUCACAAAGGAACGUAUUCAAAAGAUUUUGGCUGCAGGAACAAAUGUACUUGUGGCCACUGGCGGAAUUGAUGAUAUGUGCCUUAAAUAUUUUGUUGAUGUAGGUGCAAUGGCUAUAAAACAUGUGGAAAAAAAACACCUGAUGAGAAUUGCUAAGGCAACUGGAGCUACAAUCUGCUCAUCUUUAGUUAAUCUUGAGGGAGAGGAGACCUUUGAUGCAUCAAUGCUGGGUCAAGCAGAAGAAGUUGUGCAAGAAAGUGAUAGUCGUAAUAUAAUUCUGAUCAAAAAUCCUAAAGCAAGAACUGCAUCCUCCCUCAUUCUGCAUGGAGCCAAUGAUUUUGUAUGUGAUGAACUGGAACGUUCUGUUAACGAUGCCAUAAAUGUGGUAAAGAAAAUAUUGGAAUCCAAGUUUGUUGUACCUGGAGGUGGAGCUGUGGAAGCUGCGUUGUCCAUAUAUUUGGAAAACUUUGCAACUACUAUGGGAUCCAGAGAGCAGCAAGCUAUUGCAGAAUUUGCACAUUCACUUCUUGUUAUUCCUAAAACACUGGCUGUAAAUGCAGCACAAGAUUCUAUAGAUUUGGUAGCUAAAAUGAGAGCUUUCCAUAAUCAAGCACAAACUAAUCCAGAUAGAAACCACUUCAAAUGGGUCGGUUUGGAUCUUCUGAAUGGGAGACCACAUGACUGUAAACAAGCUGGGAUCUUUGAACCUGCAGUGGUGAAAAUAAAGAGUAUUAAAUUUGCUACUGAAGCUGCAGUUACAAUUCUACGGGUAGAUGACUUGGUCAGAUUGUCUCCAGAUGAAAAAACAAUUGGGAAGACCUUUCAAGCACCUAUAGCCAGCGGUAGACUUUAAAUAUCCAUGCAAAUAGGAUGCAAUAACAUGAUGACCUAAAAUGAUCUAUUUUCAUAAUCAUAGUAUUUAUUAUAUCCAGCUUGCACAAUUUAGUGCACACUUAAUGGAAUACUAUUUUUUUGUGCUCACUCUGCUGUCUUUAUAAAAUUUGGUUUGUAACCUUUCUGUUCUUGCUUUUUUGUUUUGGGUGUACUUGAUAUUUU